UUUUAAAAAUUAAUUCAAAAUUUUCCCCUAUUUUUACAGUAGUUUUGAAAUUACUUGCCCUUUAAAGUUUUAUCAGUCAAUGCGACCAACAACCCUUAUAUUUUUGAAUACGUUCGAUUUAGAAUUUUUUCUCUAUUUCCUUAUGAAUAAUUGUAAUGAUACGCAAAUUUGAAGCUUAAUAUAAACAACUCCAUUAAAAAACUAAACAUUCCAUUUUAUUUUCUCUAAUUCUUAAUUCAAUUAAUUAAAUUAAAUUAAGUUAAAAUAAUUCAAUUACUUUUUUAAACAAAGCCCUUUUCAAACUUAAACUUAUUUGUCAAAUAUUGAAACAUUUUGGUCUCUGCAAUUAUUACUGUUUUCUGCGCGAAAUUGGUGGGGUCUAAUGAGCUACCAUAGAAUAAGACGGCUUGAUAUCGAGUCUGCGCAGAAAGCUGUUGAAGGAAAAGGGCCUGUGGACGAAUGCCUUUGUACCUUGCUCACUCCUCCAGAGGAAGAUAAGAGGAGAUUUAGUGCCAUGAGAGAAUCAAUUAAAAGGGCGUUUCGGUCGGUUGGAGGUGGAAGCAGGAAGAGUAAACAGGGGCCAGCGGGCGUGUUCGUUCCCCUGACGACUACAAAAGGAGGCAGAGGCUUCUACUCGACGAAGGAAACGAUCAAACAUAAGGGCUCUUGUGGCAAAUGUGGCUGCGACAAGGAGGACUUCGUCCUGAAACAUUCCUACGCCAACAUAAAGAUUGUCACACCUGACAUAUCUUCCAUAUGUCCUUGCCCCACAUCGGAUUGCAUGCCUGAUAAAGAGAAACUAUUUGACAAUAUAAAAGUGACAGUAGAAAGGGUCCAGCUUCACCCGGACAACACCCACUCAGAAGUGAGCUUGAACCCGGAACCGCUCCAGACUCUGAGUGAACCCAUUAUGGAGAAACGGCCCAUCAGUGACCUAAUUGAGGCUCAGUUUGACAACGACCAGAGCGACGAAAAAGAUAAAACUGGCAACGAGAGCGAUUGGAGCUUCGGGUUCGAAGAGGAUUAAGUUUCAGUUUUGAAUAUUGCUGCGUACAGUUCGACAUUUGAAGAAGAAGAAAAACGAAUUGAUACCGGAGAUGUGUCCGAUAAUUGUAUUUUUCUAUAAUUUUGCGCAACUGUAAAUUGAAUAAUUAAAUUAAUUAAUUCACUUAAUUUGAGUUAUUCAGUUAGUUAAAAUAAAAUUAGUUAAUUUAAUUAUUUUAAAAAUAAAUGAAAAAGUUCACUAGAAAACUUAGUUUGAAAAGACAAAAAACUGUUAAAGAUCUCAUCAGGUUGGUUAUAAACAUUUUAGUUUGGUAUAUAAGAAACAAAUACAGAUCCAGAAUACUCAGAACCCAUGUAUAGUGUUACGCACAGUUAUUUAUUUUAAUUUUUCAAGCGAAUUGAAGAAAAAUGUUCCAAUAUAACUUUUAAAAAUGCCUUAUUUAAUUUAAUUUUUCGAAAUUUUUUUUUCGAUUCAAAUCUUUAUAUUCUGAAUUCAUUUUUUAAACGUUUAUAAUUAAUGAUUCUAUUUUUAUGUUACCUUGUAAACCUGUUCAAACGGACAUACGAAUGCACCCGCAUGCGCGGGGACUACUCCUCUGUACCAGAACAUUUUUUAUAAAUUAAGUUUCAUUUCUAUAUUUCUUACUUUAUCUGCAACUAUGUUACUAUCUAUAUUUUUAAUAGCCGAAAAUACUAAAUUAAUUAACUUUAUUAUUAAAAUUACACAAAUAUAAAAAAUUGGAUUGAUUUUUUUAAAUAUUUUUCUUGUAAUUUUCUAAAUUCUAAAUUUGAAUAAAAUAAUAAUUCAGGAAUCCAUAUUAUGUAUAAGCGGAAACCAAAACUCGAGUACCUACAAUGUUUGUACCCCCUGGGUCUUAUUUCAAUAUGGGCAGUGCUUUGUACUGUAACUUUAUUGGGUAUAUAAUGAGAAAUCUCCUUAGCAUUGUUUACAUCCAUUGUCUAAAUCUAUAGUUAUUAUUUGACUGUUAAUCUUCCUAAGAAAAUAAAAUAAAAUAACUUUAAAAUUUAAACAAAUAAACCUUUUUAAAUAUGAAUUCUUAAAAAUAAAAAAAGAAAAGCACUAUAACCAUUUUAUAUUUGGACAGAAUUAUUUUUAUAUUUUAAGUUUUAUUUUUUCUGCCACCAUCUGGUGUUGCCGGGCGACUACGAAAAGAAAAAAAUAUAAAAAAUGUUUAAAAAAACGUGUGAGUAGUUUUUUUAGUCGUUAUUUAGGGGUGGUUGUAUCGCACAGGUCUUUUAUCAAUAUAGUCUUUUUUGGUUUACAUUUUUUAUAAUUUUACAUAUUAGUUAUGAUUGAAUUACUUUUUUUUAAAAUUCAUGGUAACAAUUUCCCUACUUACGGCUAGUACCAUCUUCUAUCGCGUGGGUUGUGAGGUGCACGAUCAACCUCAGCAACCCUAAAAUAAAUAUUAUUACGUACACGCCCAACACACAUAACAAAAAAUAAUUGAAAAGAAGUAUACUUAAGUUAAACUUAAAAAAUAAUUAAGAAUUCAAAUGUUAAAAAAUAAAUUAAAUUUAAGUAGAUACCGAAUUUGAUUGUUACACAAGUCAAAAAAACCUAUCCUUAAAAUAUUUUUUAUGACAAAUUAUUGUAUUUUUUACCUAUUUUAUUAGACAAAAAUUUAAAAAUGAUUAAAGAGUAAUAAAAUAAUAUACAUAUCAUUAGCAA